UGGCUUGCCUGGCGUUUUGUGACGCAACUGUGCAACCACUUGGCAGUAGACACUACCCCACAAUGCAUUGCGAAUGUGUUUGCUAGCAGCAUUUUACGGUCACUCAGCGGCGCUAAUGUUUUGUUGGCAGGGCAUGUUCGUUUAGUGACUUAGCUCCUGCUUUUUAUUAAUAAAGGUUCGUAAUUUAUUAACUACUUAACACGCAAACAUGGAGAUCGGCACGGAAAUAAGCAAGAAAAUACGGGCUGCUAUAAAGGGAAAGCUUCAGGAACUAGGUGCCUAUGUCGAUGAAGAGCUACCAGACUAUAUCAUGGUGAUGGUGGCCAAUAAGAAGACUUCCCAGCAAAUGUCUGAUGAUCUGUCCCUCUUCCUCGGCAACAACACCAUCAAGUUCACUGUCUGGUUACAUGGCGUCCUGGAGAAGCUGAGGUCAGUGGCUGUAGAACCAGCGUGCCCGAGGCCUCCACUGUACUCCCACACCAGAGCUGUGGCCGGAAUCGGCGAAAGGAAGGAGGAGGAGUCAAAGGGCCUUGCAGUCUCCAGCUCCCAUUCUGAUAGAACCGAGGCCAGAGUGUCGAGCUCUGCUCAUGAGCACAGAAGGGUUUCCUCAGACAAGACCACAUCCCGCCUCACCUCAUCUGUCAAGCCCCUGAUGGACUCCCCCUCCUCCGAGGCCGUCAUUGAUAUCAAGCCUGAGCAGGACGAUGAAUUCAUAGGCGAGGACCCAGUGGAUAUGGGCGUCCUCCCGGGUCGCCUGCGUGGAUCCACUUCUGUUGGAGGAGGGGGGCGGGCCUCCGCUCAGAUCUACCGGCCACCCCAGGGAAGGUCCUCAGGGACAGGCAGGUCUGCGGAUGCCCAUAGGUCCUCAGAGGGGUCCUCGGGGUCUCACGGCCGGCAGCAGCACGACAGCUAUCAGCUGGACAGCAGGAGCAACAGAGACAGUCGGGGGUACAGAGAUGGAGGCAGCAGCACUGACUGUCGGGGGUACAGAGAUGGAGGCAGCAGCACUGACUGUCGGGGGUACAGAGAUGGAGGCAGCAGCACUGACUGUCGGGGGUACAGAGAUGGAGGCAGCAGGCUGGAUGACGGUUCCCGGAAACGUAAGGCUCCGGUGGCCAGCUCAGUGGUUCUGAUAAACCAGGCAUCCGACCAGGGACCAGACAGCGAUGAGCUGGAGGAAGAGGAUGACGAGGAGGACGAAGGCUAUGGGGUCAAGGUCAUGUCCAGCAGAGUGUCUCUGCCAUCCAAACCAGAACGCAAACCAACCCUUCCUCCGGCCAAACAGGCCAACAAGAAUCUGCUGAUGAGGGCGAUGUCUGAAGCUCAGGUGUCUGUCAACAAGACUACAACCUACCAACCUGUACCACAGAGACAGAUGGUCCCCGUGGCACCAAGGACCCGUUCUGCCACCGACGAGAUGAACGCUGCCAUUCAGCUGGUCCAAGAGCACCUUCAUGGCCUGGCCCCGAGAGCGCAGACCUACACCCCCUCCGAACCCCAGCCCCCGAGACAGCUAGCUCCUCCCCGGACCCUGACAUCCCGGCUGCAGCUGGACGUCCCAGAGGGGAACCUGAGACCCCUCCAGAGGGACUAUCUGGCUCUGGAGGUGGCGGAGGGGAAUGUUCUGAAGCCCUUUGACACGCGCUCCUUCAUCAUGAGGAGACCUGAACUGGGGGAGGAGGUGGCACCAGUCAGGAGCAGAUUGGGACAACUGGAGCCAGAGGUGCCUGUAAGGAGUCGACUGGGCUUGGAAGAAAAUGUUCCUGUAAGGAGUCGGUUGGGACUUGAGGAGGUGGCAACUAUGAGGAGCAGCAGAGCGGAGGAGACCACAGUUCCUAUCAGGAGCAGACUGGGGACCAUGGUGAAGGAGGAGGACCUGCCAGCUGUUCCACGGAUGGUGCAGCAGACCAGUCGUGAGAGGACUGACGCCAUGAGGUCAGCCAGUCCUAAAUUCAUUGUGACCCUGGACGGGGUUCCUAGUCCUCUGGGAAACCUAGGAGACUGUGACAUGGAGACCGAUGACAGCUGUCCUAAACCGGCAAAGCCCACUAUGACUGAGCACUCCAUCCACCUCGGACCCAAGCCUAAAAUCAGCAUUCAUCAGCGGUUGCAGGGGGACUCACAGUACUCCGAUGAAGAAGUGAUGGAUGUGGAGAACGGAGAGGAGCCUGUUCCCUUGAAGAGACAGAAGGUUCUGGAGCGCUGCAAGUUCUGGCCUGUCUGUAAGAGUGGAGAUGAGUGUGUGUACCAUCAUCCUACAACACAGUGCAAGACCUUCCCUAGCUGUAAGUUUGGGGACAAAUGCCUGUUCGUCCAUCCUAACUGUAAGUUUGACAGCAAGUGCUCCAAACCCGACUGCCCUUUCACUCAUGUCAGCCGCAGAGGUCCCGCCCCCUUCACCCCGCCUGUCAGACCGGUGCCCCCACCCCAGACCAGCAGUGUGUGUCGUUUCUUCCCAGAGUGUAAGAAGAUGGACUGUCCUUUCUACCACCCCAAGCCCUGUCGGUUUGCAGCCCAGUGUAAGCGUACUAGCUGCCCCUUCUACCACCCCUCUGUUACUGUUCCCCCAAGACACGCCCUCAAGUGGACCAAGACCCAGAGCAGCUAGGCCACAAGGCACGAAUCCCAGAGACCCAGAGAGGCAUGAGUCCCAGAGAGCCGACUCCAGAUGUGAAGCGAUUGAAGACAUAUAAUGAUGAUACUAUUCGGUUAAUCUUUUAUUCUCAUGGUUUGAUUAUCAGCGAUUUGGUCAAUCCUUAAUUUGCUUUUAUUUCAGUUUUAUUUGUGAAACGUACACAUUUUUAAACCAGACAGAACAUACAGGGUUUUGUAAAGUUGUUGUCUCUUUUCGAUAAUGCUGUGAGUAUAUUAAAAUACUCUGCAUGUCAAAUGA